AUGUCCAUGCAACUUGAUCCAUUCUCAGUCAAAUACGAAUUGACAUGGCCAACAUAUUUUGAUCAUGUUCGAUGUGUUUUCUCCUUAUUGGCCAAAAGACCGCCCAAUACCACAAUAGCAAGCCACAAAAGUUGUCAGAGAGGGGACAAUGGUGUGGCAUAUGCUUGGAACUUGAGGGAACAGAAGUGGGAUAAGAUUGGUGAAGUUGUUGACGGACCGGAUGAUAACCUGAGGCGUCCUGUUCUUGAUGGGAUUGAAUAUGACUAUGUAUUUGAUGUCGAUAUUGGAGAUGGGGAGCCUAUUCGUAAGUUGCCCUACAAUCGAUCAGAUAAUCCUUAUGCUACUGCUGACAAAUGGCUUCUCAAGGAGAAUCUACCUCUUUCCUAUCGACAACAAAUUGUAGAGUUUAUACUCCAAAAUUCUGGACAAAAGGACUUCACCCUGGAUUCAUCAUUUCGUGAUCCCUUUACUGGCUCUAGUGCUUAUAUACCUGGAGCAACUUCCAGUAUGUCUGCAGCUGUUUCAGCAAAACCCACUUUCAAGCACAUUCCUAAGAUUCUCAAUGCGUUUUCAAGUUGUUAUUCAUCGCCAAGUAAGAAUUUGCAGUUGUCUUACUCCACUUUAAUACUCAAUUACGCUGUGCUUUUAAUUGAAAAGAAGGAUCAAGAAGAUCAAUCUCAAGUUCUUUCAGCAGCUCUUGUGAUUGUGGAAGAGGAAAUUCUAGAAGUUGAUUCGGAAUUCCAUGUUUUAGUUGCCAUUGGAUCUCUGAUGCUUGAUGGUCUUGUGAGAAAAAUUGCCUUGGACCUUGAUGUUGAGGACAUUGCCAAAGCGGCAAAGGCCUCUAAAGACGCCAAAAUUGCUGAAGUUGGGGUUGACAUUGAACUGUUAACUAAACAGAGUUGA